GUAGUUUUUCUUCCCAUCUAUCAAAAGGCGUCUUACUCAUCUAACAUCUAGCAUCUAGCAUAUUUUCAUCUACUAUAUUUUUAUUAUUAAACACGCAUCUGUAUUGUUUAUUUCAAAAAUGACCCAAUUCAAUUCAAGCAUUUUGUUCUACCUCAACGGCAAACGCGUGGUUCUCGACAACCCGGACCUCGACCAGACGCUGCUGCAGUACCUGCGCAGCAUAGGCCUGACAGGCACCAAGCUCGGCUGCGGCGAAGGCGGCUGUGGCGCAUGCACAGUAAUGGUGUCUCGCUACGACACAGACGAGCAAAAGAUUAUCAACACCUCGGUCAACGCCUGCCUCUGCCCCACCUACACACUCGACGGCAAACACGUCAUCACCGUCGAGGGACUCGGCACGGCGAAAAACCCACACCCAGUGCAAGAGCGCAUUGCCCUGCUGCAUGGAUCGCAGUGCGGGUUCUGUACGCCUGGGUUUGUCAUGUCGCUGUACACAUUGCUGCGCAAUAAUCCCAAUCCCAGCGAGCUGGAUAUCGAGGAGUGCUUUGAUGGCAAUCUGUGCCGGUGCACGGGGUACAGGCCGAUUUUGGACGCUGCAAAGACGUUUGCUGACCAGGCGUGGAGGGGAGGCGCUGUGGUCAAUGAGGAUGGGAUGACAAAGGCCGGUGUCGAGAAGGGCUGUGGCAUCGAGGACUGUUGUAAGCUGAAGAAAAAUACAGAGCCGGUUGCCGACUGCACCGGGACCACCAAGAUCACCGAGCCGGCCAGCGGAUGCUGCCAGCAGAGCAACAGCGGGCCUGCGGCUGGUGCUGCUCCAGGGGGCAGCUGCUGUCGCGACAAGCCAGGUGUCAAGACAGGGCGCCACGACAGCGCAGUGUGCUUGCCCGACGACACGGCCCCCAAGGGUGAAAACCUGGCCGAGAUUGAAAAGGCGCAGGUCAUCGCGCGGUUCCAAAAGUACGACUCGGCGCAGGAGCUCAUUUUCCCGCCAUUCCUUGUGCGCUACACCAAGGGCGAGGCUUCGCUAGAUGGCGGAGAGCCCAGUCGCCAGGCCCUGGCCAUUGUCAGCCAGCACAAGGGCGCCUGGUGCCAGCGCUUUUAUCGGCCACUGACGCUUCCCAGCCUGCUGGCCAUCCUAAGCGAGCACCCGGCGGCCAAGCUGGUGGCCGGCAACAGCGAGGUUGGCGUGGAGAUCAAGCUUAAGCGGUCCAAAUUCCCCGUGCAAAUCUACGUCAACGACAUUCCUGAGCUGCAACGCAUUGAUGAAGCCGCCGAUGGCGUAUUCUUUGGCGCCAAUAUCACGCUGGCACACUUUGAGAAUGCGCUCAGCGAGCUGGUGCGCAGGCAUGGCGAGCAGCGCACGCAGUCAAUGGGCGCUCUGCGCGAGAACCUGCGGUACUUUGCGGGCAACCAGAUCCGCAAUGUGGCAACAGUCGCUGGCAACAUUGCCACAGCGUCGCCAAUCUCCGACCUCAACCCGGUAUUCCUUGCCGCCGGCGCCAUCGUCACGCUGGCGUCCAGCAGCGGCCAGCGAAAGGUCCCCAUGGCCGAGUUCUUUGUUGGGUAUCGGCGCACGGCAAUGCGCGAGGGCGAGGUGCUGCAGAAUGUAUUUGUGCCGUUCUCGGGCAGGCGUGAGGUUGUCAGGGCAUUCAAGCAGGCCAAGCGCAAGGACGAUGACAUUGCCAUUGUGACAUGCGGCCUGCGCGUGAGCCUCGACGGCCAAAACCGCGUGCUGGACGCUGCCUUUGCCUACGGCGGCAUGGCGCCCACAACCGUGCUGGCCACGCAGGCGAUGCAGUGCGCUGUCGGUGCCACCUGGGGCGAUCCUGCGCUGCUGCCUCGCCUGCUGGGCGCGUGCCAGAACCAGCUGCGCCUGGACUUUGGUGUGCCCGGCGGCAUGGCCGAGUACCGCGCGGCGCUGACAACCAGCUUUAUGUUCAAGUUCUGGGCCCUCUCCUGCAGCUACCUGGCCAUUGACACCCCCGAGGCUGCGUUAGCGCACGAGAUGGACGAUAGCGCCGAGCGUGCGCUGUCCAAGGGCGCCCAAGAGUACGCGACUAUCACCGAGCGCGCCAUUGUUGGCAAGGGUGUCACGCAUCUGUCGGCGCUCAAGCAGGUUACUGGCGAGGCGCGCUAUAUUGAUGACAUGCCGGCGCUGCAGGGCGAGCUGUACCUCGGCCUGGUCAUGUCUGCCCGCGCACACGCCCGCAUCCUGAGCAUCGACGCGCGUGAGGCGCUGGCCGUGGCCGGUGUGCACCGCGUGCUGACUGCCGCCGAUGUGCCCGGCGAGAACCGCUGGAACAUCUUCCACGACGAGGAGAUUUUGCCCACCGACGAAGUGCACUACGCGGGUCAGCCGCUGGCGCUGGUUCUGGCCGACUCGCAGAAAAUUGCGCAGGAGGCUGCCCGCCUGGUGCGCGUUGAGUACGAGGACCUGCCGGCCAUCCUUGCUGUGCGCGACGCCGUGGCGCAGGGCGCGCUGUACGACGAGGUGCGGCAGCUACAGAAUGGCGACGUCGAUGCAGCCUUUGCCGAGGCCGACUUUGUCUUUGAGGGCGAGUCAUACUGCGGCCCACAAGAGCACUUCUACCUUGAGACAAUGGCCUCCAUCGCCGUGCCCAAGGGCGAAGGCGACGAGUUUGACAUCUACGCCAGCACGCAAAACCCGACCGAGGCGCAAAUGGUCUGCGCCGAGGUGCUUGGCGUGCCUGCUAGCCGCAUAGUCUGCCAUGUCAAGCGCAUGGGCGGGGGCUUUGGCGGCAAGGAGUCCCGCUCUGUGCUGCUUUCGGCCUUCACAGCGCUCGGCGCCUACCACACGAACCGCUCCGUGCGCAUUAUGCUGGACCGCGACGAGGACAUGAUGACGUCGGGUCAGCGCCAUCCAUUCUUUGGCCAGUGGAAGGUUGGUGUCACCAAGGAUGGCCGCCUACUAGGCUUGCGCGCCCGCAUCUACUCCAACGGCGGCUUCUCGCACGACCUGUCGAUUGGCGUCCUGGAGCGCGCCGUGUCGCACUUGGACAAUUGCUACCGCAUCCCCAACACCGAUUUUGUGGGCCGCGUGUGCCGCACCAACACGCAGAGCAACACGGCGUUCCGCAGCUUUGGCGGCUGCCAGGGCAUGUUCCUUCUCGAGUCCAUGCUGUGCGAGGUCGCCGACCGCUUGAGCCUCUCUGUCGAGCACCUGCGCGAGAUCAACUUGUACAAGGAGGGCGACGUGACGCCUUUUUCGCAGGUGCUUGAUGACUGGAAUGUGCCGCGCAUGUGGGCGCAGAUCAAGGAAAAGGGCGAGUACGCCCGGCGGCGCAGCGAGGUCGACGCGUUCAAUGCCCAGUCGCGCUACCGCAAGCGCGGCCUGUCGCUUUUGCCCACCAAAUUUGGAAUCUCGUUUGGCGUCAAGUUUCUUAACCAGGGGAUGUCCCUCGUGCACGUCUACAUGGACGGCUCCGUUUUGGUUGCCCACGGCGGCACCGAAAUGGGCCAAGGGCUGCACACUAAGAUGGCCAUGAUUGCCGCCGAGACUCUCGACCUGCCGCUGGAGUCCAUUUUCAUCAGCGAGACCGCCACCAAUACAGCCGCCAACACGUCGCCGACUGCCGCCUCGGCCUCCUCCGACCUUAAUGGCUACGCUGUCUACAACGCCUGUAAGGAACUGGCCGACCGCCUGCGACCCUACCGCGAGAAAAUGCCCAACGAGCCCUUCCCCAAGGUUGCCAAAGCUGCGUACUUGGACAGAUGCCAGCUGACAGCCGCCGGCCACUACGCCACGCCGGAUAUUGGGUUCAACUGGCAGACGAACGAGGGCAUGCUUUAUUUUUACUUUACGCAGGGCGUGGCACUCGCCGAAGUCGAGUUGGACACUUUGACGGGGUCGCAUACGACGCGCCGCGUGGACAUCAUCAUGGACGUCGGCAAGUCACUCAACAAGGCCAUCGAUAUUGGCCAAAUCGAAGGAGCCUUUGCGCAGGGACAAGGGUGGACCACCACUGAGGAGUUCCUCUACUUCCCAUCCUCAGGAAAACUAUUCACGCAGGGUCCUGGCAAUUACAAGAUUCCCUCGGCAAUGGAUAUCCCCAGAGACUUUAGGGUGUCUCUCUUGGAGGGCCUGCCGUAUCGCGGGCUGAAAACCAUUUACUCGUCAAAGGGGAUUGGAGAGCCGCCAUUGUUUUUGGGCUCGUCCGUGUUUUUCGCUCUGAGGGAUGCUGUCUUGGCCGCUAGAGCGCAUUCUCCUGGCGUUGCUGAAGAGGUCUUGCAUUUGGAGUCGCCAGCUACAGCAGAGAUUUUGCGCUUGGCUUGUGUCGAUGAGAUGGUCGAGUUGGCUAGAAUCCCAGCUGCACAAAAAGAGGGAAAGAUUCCAUUUACUGUUCGCAUUUGAAACAUGUUUAACUGAAAUUUUUAUAAAUAGCGUGAAGCACACAAUUGAACGCAAAUAAAUAUGAAUAUAAAAG